AUGGGGCGAGUGGGGCGAGCGGGGAACGGACACACGGACACGCGGACAAACGGCCCCGGCGCUUCAGUUGCAGCGGCAGCAGCGGCAGCAGCGGCAGCAGCGGCAGCAGCAGCGAGUCUACAGACCCUCUCCACCUCUCUCUUGUUCCUCCUCUCCCUCUCUCGCUGUCCCGCACCCUCUUCCCCGCUCUCCCUUCCCCGGACCCCCCGCUGCUCUCCCCCUCUUCCCGUUCCGGACCAGGCCAUGCCCCCGGGCCGCCCCCGGCCCCGGGCGAGGCUGCCCCGUCCGCGUCCCCGCCCCCGCCCGUCCCGCCGCGGUCUCGCCUCCGCCCGGCUCUGGCCGUACUGGCGGUGGCGCUGCUGGGCGGGCAUCAGUGCCUGGGGCUGGGGCGGCAUCGCCGCCCUUUGGCUCCGCCUGGCCCGAGCCCGAGCCCGGCCCCGGCCCCGGCCCCGGCCCCGGCCCCUCCCGGGGCCCGCGGAGGACACACGCGGCGCGGCCGCUUCCGCCGCCCCCGCCGCGGCUUCCCCGGCCCGAGCUGCGCCGCUCGGCAGCGCGGCCGCCGACCCCGAGCCGCCGGGGCUCGGGAUGGGUGGGGAUGCCCGGCCCGGGUCGCUCGCGGGGCGCUCGGGGGCCGUGUCUGGCCCCGGGCCGAGCGCUGACGGCCGCGUGUCGCCCGCAGGGAAGGCGCAGGAGGCCUUGCAGGAGCGGUACCGGCUGUGUUCGCUGCUGGGCAGCGGCGGCUUUGGCAGCGUCUUCUCGGGGACCCGGCUCGCGGACGGCGCCCCGGUGGCCAUCAAAUGCCAAGUGCCGCGGGAUCGCAUCCAGCACUGGGGCGAGCUGCCCAACGGCGCCCGUGCGCCCCUGGAGAUCGUGCUGCUGGACAAGGUGUCCACUGGCUUCCGUGGAGUCAUUCAGCUGCUGGAGUGGUUUGAGCUGCCCAGCUGCUUCUUGUUGGUUCUGGAGCGUCCGGAGCGAUGUCAGGACCUCUCUGAUUUCAUCGUGGCCCGGGGGUUCCUGCCGGAGGAGGAGGCGCGGGGGCUGUUCCGCCAGGUGCUGGAGGCCGUGCGGCACUGCAGCAGCUGCGGGGUCCUGCACAGGGACAUCAAACCGGGCAACAUCCUCAUCGACCUGGCCAGCGGGCAGCUUAAACUGAUUGACUUUGGCUGUGGCACCUUCCUCCAGGACACAGUCUACACCCAGUUUGCAGGAACACCGUCCUACAGCCCCCCAGAAUGGACCCACCUCAAAUGCUACCACGGCGAGGCAGCAACGAUCUGGUCCCUGGGCAUCCUGCUGUACCAGAUGGUCUGCGGGAAGCACCCGUUCAAGAAGGGCCGGGACAUCAUCUGGGGCCAGCUCAAGUUCCCACAAGGGCUCUCUCAAGAGUGCCAAGAUAUUAUCAGUUGGUGUUUAUCCAUGCGCUCCUUGGACAGGCCAUCUGUGGAAGAUCUGUUCUAUGACCCUUGGCUGCAGGAUGUUCAUCUGCCCUAGAAGAUGGGAGAGAUUCACAGGCACCGUUUGAUCCAGGAGCCUGGAUCAAACAGCUCCACACAUCUCUUGGUGAUAAGAAGCAAAGAAACCCAGACUUUUUUUCCCUGCCUGUACCAUGGAGCAGGGGCCAUCAGAUGGGAACAUCUGUUCUGGAUGGUCAAGCUGGUCUUACAAGCACUGGCAGCCACUGUCCAGCCUGGUUUUACUUGUCCUGCUUCAGUGAUGGCUGAAUCCCUGGGCAGA